GUGGGUUGCCGGCAUACAUACGCAUCUCAGGAAGUAGGCCGUGAGCCGAAGAACUCCGCAGUCUUACUACGCACUAGUCUGACACGGAAAGCUGCAGCUGGAAUUUUCCCCGAACUCUGAAGUUAAGCUGGUGGUUUGGUCAGCGCUUCACAAUAGAGUUGCGCUGGAAAGAAGGGACGGUACGACAUUUGCCCGAACCUUGAAGAGAGCUGGUAACUUGGGCAGCACUUGACAAUAAGGUUGCGCUGGAAGACAAGAACUGCUGUUCAAGAGUAAAAUAAUGUCGAAAUCAUGGAACCACGAAGGGGUUACGUGGGUGAGAACAGAUGAUCUGCAACAAAGCCUUGGAGAGAGCGCCCGCUCGUGACAAGCCUCCCCAACCCUAAAGAGGAAGCGUGCAGCGCGAAUAACAGUAGACUAUCAUGCAGCUGAGCUUGACUCAGCUGGCCGCGGCCGCGUCGGCUCCUGCGGGGAAGGCCGUUAAAGAGUUGGUGUGCUUCGACACGAGCUCGGCCAUUGGGGCCCUCCCGACUCUGGCACUCGCGCGAGUCUGCACCAGCGAGGGCACUUCUCUGGAACGGAAGGACGAGAUUGCUCUGUUCACCACGAUGCUGACAUUGGUGUUGGCGCUGGGGCAGGGUACACAGGAGACGAUGGAGGAUGUCCUGCGCGGCGCGGAGACCCAGGAGUACGGAUCGACAGGCGCGAUAGCGGCCAGGAAAGCUUUCGGAGCGCGGGCAUUCAUGGGAGAGGUGGUCGAGGUGCUGCGGGAUUUCGUCAAAGAGACGGACACGUACGUAGUCCUGCCGGCUAUGCCAUCGUCGGGCAAAGCCCCCGCUCGCGAGUCCGGGGCGGCUCCGCCGGCCCCAGCUCCGGAGGCGACGGCCGCUCCCGCAGCGGCGGCGGCUGUCCCAGUAGCGGCGGCCGUUCCGGCGGCGGCGGCCCCAGCGGCAGCGGCAGCGGCAGCAGCCUCGGCAUCCGCGGCACCCGCCCCCGCUGCGGCGCCCGCAACGGCGGGAGCGUCAAGCUCGGCGAUCGCAACAGCCCAGCAGCAGCAGGCAGCCAACUACCAGGUCAUGAUGUCGGCGGACGAAGCGUACAUGAAAGUGGUGCAAGCGGAAUCAGGCAACGCGGAGGUGCGUAGCGCGUUCCUCAAGUUCUUCGGGUUGCGAGGAAUGCCGGUCGGGUGUCUUCGUGGCAUGACUUGCGAGGCGCCCUCGUAGAGGCCCACACCAUCAUGGUAGCCGUGGGGGAAUCGGCCGGCGACAUAAAGAUAAUCUCGGAUACGAUAGCCAGGGCGGCCGCCUGGUAAUAGCGCUUGGGCCGACGCACGGCGCGAGGGCGGCGACCGAUGUGUUGGACAUGUUUUCGGGUCUGCUACCAAAUGCUCACGGGGUCUCCAACGAUCUGUAUACAGCGGACUAUGUGCGUAUACGCAAGAAGUCGGCUCCGGUCGCGGGCAUGAACGCCGCCAUGGGGACGGCGCUCGGCCUCCCCGUCGUACCCGCGCCAUUCCCGACGUUCGGACCAAGGGGGGGAGCUUUCGGCAACCAACCUUCCCCGCUUCCCCUGCAGAUGGUGCUGCAGCCGGGGGUCCAGCCGCAGGCCCCGAGGAAAUCUCGUCGGCAGGCACGAUCGCAAGGCGCGUCACAUGGGGUGGCCGGACACUAUUCCCAGGGGCCGCCCGGUUGGGGCGGGGGCGGCCGGGGGAAAGCAGCGGGGGGCGCAGGGAUGGGAGUACCGUCCCCCGGAGGGUCCGCUAGCCACCAACAAAUGCUAGCCGACGUGCGUAACCAACGCACCUGCAGCAGAGGCAACUGGCGAACCCGGGGGUGCCCGGGCAGGGCGAGACGUGCCACAAGUGCCGGGCCGCCAACCGUGAUCCGAACCACCCUCACCUCACAUGUGCCUUUUGGAUAUGCGGCAAUUGCAAGGAAGCAGGGCAUCGCAGGGCGGCCUGUCAGAACCCGACCGUGCCGUGAACGAGCCGUAGCAUACGCAACAGAAGGAGUUUGGGGGGGGACACGGUAGCAAAUUAUGAACGGGGGGGGGGAUACUAGAGCGUUGCGCGCGGUUGGAUUUGUUUCGCGGGUUCGAGAUAGCGUUUCGUGUUCCGACAGGACGAUGCGUGCGAUACCCGUCAGACGACCAUCUCCCACUCGUGGUUCGCAUCAUUUGUCAAUGCAUGUCAGUGUAACAUUGGCGCAACAUGAGCGCUGACCUACGCAGUGCGCUCCUUCGAUCGCACGGGAUCGAGAAUAACACGAGAAUACCAGGUGAUAUCCCCGCGGUGCGUU